AUUUCACUUAUAAACUGAUUCAAGUUAACACUUUAUAUUAAACAGCCCCAACAUUAACGAUCUGAAUUGAUUUUAUAUAACAAACAACAAUUCUUAAUUCACAUAUUACAAUUUCCAAAUCAUUUACUCUGCCUUAAAUCUGGUCAAUUUUAUGGAUUAUUAAUUUGGAUAUGAGAUAAUUGUAGAACCUGAUGAGAAAUUAUUGAAAAGAAUAUUCUUCGUUCAUACAAUUGUGUUUUUAAUAUAAUGGGAAUUUUUCAGCGAUUAAAAUCUUGUGUUCAAAUAGUUGUAAGCAAUUCUAUCCAAUUUUGACGUCAACGCUACAAUGUGAAAUUUGAUGAAUUAUUUUACUUUACUUUCCAAAUUACAGUUUUUCAUACAUUUUACAAUUAACUUCUCUAAUUUAAAGUCAUUUCAUUUAUUUUAGUCAGACAUCAUGGAUGAAAGCUAUUUUUCAUCAGGACAGAGACCUCACUCAGUUGAAAUAAUGAGGACUUUAGAUUUAGAUGAAUCGUUCAUUGAUCCUUUUCUGGAGCUAGCUCCGUUUUCUGCACGCUCUGAAAAAACUUAUGAUGAAGGACGCACAAAAGUAGAACACAGACAGAUAAUUGGGAAUUUACCAAUACCAAUAGAUAAUUUAAAAGCUCAUCUACCAUUUUUAGCCACUCAUCUACAAGAAGCUCUAGCUGAAUCAGUUUCUGCAGGAAAUCCGAAUCAAUGUUGUAGUGCUGGACAACGUCCUGGACCAAUCAAUACAAAUCUAUCACCAGGAUUCCAUGAAUCUGUUCAUUGUGAACAUCGCUCACCGCCAACUCCAACACCAAACAUUUCCUCAGUAGCAAUUCAACAUAUUCGACAAGAACGACGUCAACAGCAACAACAAAAAACCUGCACAGCAGAUGAUUCCUCCCCUUCAUGUGAACUCUGUCAUAACACCCAUGAAUUACAACAUCACAUUUGUCAAGAGAAUAUUGAGUAUUUACAGAAUCAAUUGUUAGAUAUGAAACACCAGCUGCAAUAUUGUCAAGAGAGAGAGAAAACUAAAGAACAAUUAUUGGAAGAAAGUUACAAUACAACGAGACAAUUACAAGAAAGCGUUACAAACUUGUUCCAACAGGUUGGAGAACGAGAAAAUCUGUUGCAUAAAUUAAGCUUGGAAGUGAAUAAAUUGAAAAAUAAACAUGAGGAAGUAAUUUCACAGCGCGAUUCAUUUCAAAACCAAACUAAAGAACUAGAAGAACGCUGUCAUGAUCUACACAAAAAGUAUGAGAAUAAUGCAAAUAACUUGACAAUGAUGGUGAAGGAACGUGAUGAAUUAUUGGCAAAAUUGAAAUCAGAACGUGAGAAUAUCGAAAACAUCAGUGAAGAACGGAAAAGACAGAUAAUGAAAAUGCUCAAAGAAACUUCAAAUAUACGUGAAAAGCUAGAUUUACAAAUAGGUCGAUCAAUGCAACUGGAAGCAGAGUUAGCUCGUCUUAAAUCGGUGAAUGCACAGUUGGAAUCUGGUAUUCAGGAAAUGACUAAGCAAAGUCUGUCAAAUGCUCAAACAAGUGCAGCUGAAAUUCGCUCUUUGCAAGAAGAAAAACAAACAGCAUACAAUUCACAUCAAUUAGAAAUCAACCAAAUAAAAAAAGAAUUAAAUCAGCUGAAUAAUGAAAACACUGAGUAUAAGAAGGAAAUUAGUCGAUUACAAACUAAAACUAAUGAAUUGAAGGACGAGGUUAUUCAAUGUAGAAAUAAUUUACAGGUUAAAACAAAUAUUCUGGAAGAGAAAGAGAGACAAAUUCACUCACUUACUCAUGAACUUGAAUCUUGUCAUCGGGAGUUAGAAACACAAAUCAACUCAGUUGGAUUGUUCAAAUCAGAACAGAAAAUGAUUCAAAAUUCAUUCGAAGAGAAAAUAAAACAAUUAGAAAUUAUUGAUAGUCAGAAGCAAAGAGAAGUUGAAAAUUUGUCAAUGGAUUUAAAUCAAGCCAAGGAACAAGUAAUACACAGCCGUAAAUCUCUAGAAAUAUUACAAAGUGAAUUAUCAUCUAGUCGCACAAUGUUGAUAAAAUCAAGAGAAGAAAUUGUUAAACGAUCUCACAACGAAGAACAAUUGGAGAAAUCAUUGCAAAAAUUAAAGCUCGAACUAGAGCAAACAAAUGUACAUAAAACUGCAGCAGAAAUGGCCAGUAAAACAGCUAUCAGUAAUUAUCAAGAAUUGGAAGCACAGAUGGAAUCCUAUAAAACAUCAAAUAUAACUAUACAAACCCGUCUACAUGAAGUAGGCAAGGAAUUGGACGAAACAAAAUUGAUUAAAUCGCAGUUAGAAGAAAGAUUAAACAUUCUGACAGAACAAUUACAGUUAGCGCAAAAACAACUAGAGGAAAAACAAGCACAACUAAACCGCUCUGAUUCAAUUGUAAAUCGUAUGUCCAAAGAAUUUAAACGAACACAAAUAACAAUUGAAGAAAGUGCACAGAAAGUAAACAGUCUAUUUGGGCAAUUGAAAACAACUCAAGAAAAAUUGAAUGUAGCAAAUGAACAAUUAAGUGAAGUGGAAAGUAACAGAAAAAGUUUGCUAAAAGAAUUAGAAGAAUACCAAAGCUCUCACCAUACGCAUGAUAGCGAAGUUCAGUCAAUGGAAGUUCAGGUCAAUUAUCUGCUAAGUGAACUUGGACAAAUGAACGAUCGCUUGACAACAAAUCAAAAAGAACUGACUGAUUCACAAGCAGAAGUAGAUUCACUUAGAAAACGAAAUAAUGAGUCUACACUUGAAAUACAACAUUUAAACUCAAUGCUGAAUGAAAAACAAAUAAAAUUGGAUGAAUUAGGAAGACAAGUAAUCGAAAUGGAGAACCAACUAAGUUCAGCUGACCAGUAUACUCAGUCAUUAAGUUCAGCUAAUGAUGACUUAAUGAACGAAUUAAAAAAUAGAACUAAUGAAAUAGAAAAAUUACAAAAUGAAAUCAAACAAAAUAUGACAGGAAUACAAAAUUCUGAAUUUAUGAUACAAGAAUUAGAAUUCAGUGUUCAACAAUUAACUAAGCAACUUGAACAAUCAGAACUUUUGCGAUUGGAAGCAGAAAAAGCCAGUAAUCAUGCUGUCAGUGAAUCAGCUGCCCUUAAAAUUGAACUGGCUAAAAAAGAUGAACGAAUUAUUAAUUUACAAAAUACUGGCGAUGCAAUUACACAAAAGUUAAAAUCACUUGAGCAGACAUCGAAUCAAACUGAACAAAUUAUCAAUAAAUAUAUUAACUCUGAGAUUGAAAAAGAUAGCACGAUUCAACGACUUCAGACGGAAUUGGAACACAUACGUCACCAGUUAAUUGAAAGUGAGACAGAACUACAAAGCAGGUCUUCACAAAUAAAAUCAUUAACAUGUGAAUUAGAAGCUGUGAAAGCAGACCUGGCAGACUGUACUCUGCACAGAAAUUCAGAAAAUCUUUCACGUAAACGUAUUGAGUUAGAAGUGGCGGAUCUUCGGGAAAUGAAACUAGCUUUUACAGAACAAAUUGAAAGACAAGAGCAAUUCAUUGAGCGGUUACAAUCUGAGCUUUCAAACGAACGUGAAAGAAACGAUUUUCUUAAUAAAAUUAAAACAGAUAAAGAAAGAGAACUUCAUAGUAUCACAAAUGAAGUGGACCAUUUACAUCAACACAACAAAGAACUUUCUAGUCGUUUGCUAGAACGUGAAUCAGCUUUAGAUUCUAUGUCACGUGAAUUGGAAAUAUUUACUUCUAGACUAGAUACAACUUCGAAAAGUUUAACAGAAACUGAAGCAGAAUUAUUAGAAACAAAACAUAAAUACGAAUUAUCUGAAGCUAAAGCAAAUAAGCAAAAAGAUGAGUUGAAACAGUAUGAAAUAACUUUAUCGAGUUUAGAAUCACGAUUACUUGAAAGCGAAAGUCAACUAACGAAAUGCACUGGCCAAUAUAAUCAGUAUGAUUCAGUUGACCGAAUUCAGUGUUCACACCUAACGGAUUUAGUGAAAGAUCUUAAACAACAAAUAACAGAAUACAAAAAAGUUACCACAGUUUUAAGAACCGAAAGAGCUCAAUUACAAGAAACAGUCAAUCGUCUUGAAGGUGAAUUAGCUGCACGGUCAGAUGCAUUACGCAAAGCAACAGUCGACAUUACACGUAUGAAAACGAAGCAUGAAACAGAAUUAAGAGAUAAAACAGAUCAUCUAAAUGAAUCACUUUACCAAAUGGAAAAUAAAUGGAAAGAAGCGUGUAAAACGAUUGAAAAGUUAGAGAAAGAAUACAAAGAUCAAGAAUUCAAACUUAUAGAAGCAUCAACGAACAGUAGUGAUGAAAACAAACUAUUAAAACAGAAACUGGAUUCAAUAGAGUCAAAAAACCGCAUAAUGCACAAUGAACUUGAAACAGUUAAAUUAUCGAGAGAAAAUUUACAAAAUGAAUAUAAUCAUGUCAAGGAUGAACUAGAUAAAUUAAGACUUAAAAGUGAAAGUACUACAGUAAAAGUUUCGGCUGGUAUUCAAGCUGUUCAAAAGUCGGAAAAUGCCAUUACAAAUACGGAGAAUAUUGAAAAAGAUGAAAUGGAAUAUUUACCUAAGCUUCAACUCUCAAGUAAUAGAUCUAAACAGUAUUCAGAACGAAAUAAAAUGCGUAACACAUCACCUUAUGAAUCUGUGAAAUUUACUAAUCAUGAUUUAAACAGUUCCGAUAAUUCACCUGAUUCCAUCGAAUCAAGAGUGGAAGCACUUAAACAAGCUAAUCAUUAUUUAAGAAUGGAAGUCGAAAAUGCAUGUAAAAUGAUAAAUUCAAGUGUUUUAAAUAAGAAUAAAAUGGAAGAAGAAUUUCUGUCCAUGCCAAAAGUAAAGUAUCCAAAUUUAACUCAGUUUGAUCUUGGAAAUCAUAAACACAAAGUUGGAUUUUUCGAUGAAUCGGAUCACUGCAUAGAGUAUAGAGAUGAAAGUUUGGUUGAACAAGAAUCGAAAACUGUUUGGCUUGAACGAGCUGAAUCCAUUUCACAAAAAUUCCAUGAUAACAACAAUUACUGGUCAAAUAAAUUAGAAAAUAUUGAUAAACUAAAAAAUUCCGGUCGAGAUACUAUACAAAGCAUAGAACAUCAAUCACACACAAUUAGAACAAAUACAAACACUGACCGAAAAGUGAAGCCCACUCGUCUCAGUGAUUCCAACACUGGUGUUAACGGUAAUACUGGACGGAGUAAAUUAACAAAACUAGAACCAACAGACUACCAUGUGAAAUCUGGUGACAAAUUCGUUAAAAUUACAAGUAUGUCUAGAAUUAAUCAAGUCCCAAUCAAACACAUAUCUACGUAUCGCAGUUCAAGAAUAAAAUAAUAAAAAUGUUG